CGAAGAGGAUGGGCUGCGUACUGUCGUCGUCGUCGAAAAGGUCCAGGCGCGCGCCGCCGGGGUACGAGGAGCCCGCCGUGCUCGCCGCCCAGACCUCAUUCACGGUGAACGAGGUGGAGGCGCUGUACGAGCUCUACAAGAAGCUCAGCUUCUCCAUCGUCAAAGACGGCCUCAUCCACAAGGAGGAGUUCCUGCUCGCCCUCUUCAGGACCAGCAAAGGCGCCAACCUCUUCGCCGACAGGGUGUUCGACCUCUUCGACCUCAAGCGCAACGGGGUGAUCGACUUCGGGGAGUUCGUGCGCUCGCUCAGCAUCUUCCACCCCAAGGCGCCCAAAGCAGACAAGACUGCGUUUGCCUUCAAGUUGUAUGACUUGAGAGGGACAGGCUACAUCGAAAAAGAAGAGCUUAGGGAGAUGGUCGUGGCGCUUCUUGAUGAGUCCGACCUAUGUCUUUCGGAUUGGGCUGUCGAGGCGAUUGUUGACAAUACGUUCAAUCAAGCGGACUCCAACUGUGAUGGCAGGAUAGACCCUGAUGAAUGGGAGCAAUUUGUGAACAAGUACCCAACAUCGCUCAGGAACAUGUCACUACCGUAUCUCCAAGAUAUUACUGUGGCGUUUCCAAGCUUUGUACUGCAUUCAGAGGUCGAAGAUUACAGUGGAAUCGAUAAAUAAGAAAAGCACGGUUAUCGGUACCGUAUGGUCUGUUUUGAGCUAAGGCAGCCUUGCAUGCUAGGAAUCAGCCAAUCAGAGGUGAGCUGCAAUUGAAAAAUCUGAAACUCAAAAUAGGGGGAAGAAAUCUGGUAGCUGGUGAGCGUCAGAUGACAACCAGACAGCAGAAGGAAUCUGAUAUGGCUGAUAAGUGUCUACCAAGUGAUAACCAAAGAAAAACUUCUUAAGAUUAGUGUACAUAGUAGUGGCCUGAAUAACCUUCUGCUUUUUCCGAAGGUAUUCACUCCGUCCCUUCAUAUAAGAUGUUAUGACGACCAAUUAUAACGUAGUAUAUUAGUUGUAAUAACAUCUUAUACUAUGUGAUAGAUGAAGUAGUUGGGUGACACCGUUUUCCUUUCCUUUAUCAAGUGAUUCCGCCUCUUGUUAACCAUGAACACACAAGUAUCAGUUCUCAAAACUAUUAUUGGCAUUAUUUAGGUAGGAGAGGAUAAUAUUCAUACAUGGUUUUGCUUUUUCGUCGU